GUGAGCACUAGCUAACUCUCGGCCGAAUCGCUGGGCGUCUAUUAAGCCGACGCCAACGACGACGGCUCCUCGGCAUGCGAGGUCCUGCUCGCCCGGGGGAUGGCGCCUGCAGCUUCGAUCCUCUCGGUCACCGCCGUCGCCGGUUCCAAGCGUCCGGCCGCUUCCGACGCUGAGCUCCCGCUCCUCGACCUCGACUCCUCCUCGCUCCACCAGCAGCAGGGUGACAAGGCUGGGCGCAAGGGCCAGGACCAGGACCACCACCAGCAGCAGCAGCUGGAGUGCCCGCGCUGCCGCUCCACCAACACCAAGUUCUGCUACUACAACAACUACAGCACGGCGCAGCCGCGCCACUUCUGCCGCGCGUGCCGCCGCUACUGGACGCACGGCGGCACGCUGCGCGACGUCCCGGUUGGCGGGGCCUCGCGCCGCGCCGGUGGGGGCGGCAAGCGGCGCAGGGUCUCCUCCGCCGAGACCUCGUCGUCGUCGCCGCCGGUGCCUGCGUCGCUCGCGGACGCGUGCCUGUCCGACCUCCCGUCCGUCUUCCCGUUCCUCAGCGACGGCAGCUUCUUCCCGCAGCUCGACCUCGGCGCCGUCGUGCUUGCACCGCCGGCCUUCUCCUCCUCGUGGCGGUCGGUGGCCCCGGACUUCUACGACGGGCUCGCGCCGUGGGGCGACAUCGCCGGCCUCGACCUCAGCUGGACACCACCGGGGAGCGCCAGCCGGUCGCCGUCUUGAGGGGGCUCCGGUUUUAGCAGUGCGGCCUCAUGAGCCAUCCUAGCAAGCAGUGUGUUCCGUUUUGAUGAGCCAUCCUAUCCUAUCCUAUCCAGCUAGGAAAAUUUAAGCAGCUCGAUCAAAAUUCGCCUAUGCCUUCACUGUUAGAUCAGUGAAUAAUCUUGAUCUGUAGUUGGAGCCAGGAUGUAAGAUCUGUGCAGUGAUUUAUCAUGACAAUAAAAUUAAGUAUGUGUCAAAGCGUCU